CUCUGGGGUUAAAGUCCAUUAUCAACAAAACAAAAGUUAUUUAAUAUAAGGAAGUUAAAAUAUAUUGUGUCUAGAAUAUGAUUUUGUAAUUUGAAUUUCACCCAUUGUUUAACUGAUUAGAAUAUACACGAUGAACGCUUCUAAAAUGCACAUGGAAUAUACAAACUGGAUUUUUAUAAUUUUGAUUUGCUUAACUAAAGCAUCGGGACAAAGUGAUAUAGUCCUUAUAGAAGGUCCACAAGACAGGGCUGUGUUGUCUGGGCAGAAUGCUGAGUUGACUUGUCAUAUUGACACUAUAUCAUCUGCCGAUCAUCUUGUACAGUGGAUAGGUAAUUCUGGUGAACAAAUAUCAAUCAAUGAUAGAGUAACUACAACUAAUCCACACCACAAAUAUUCUAUAAGCACGGAGAAAUCCUACAACCUUGGCCUACAAAAUGUUGUCUUGGAUGAUGCAGGAAAGUACACUUGUAAUGAUGUACUAACUGGAACACCGAUUGGUGACCUGGAGCCACAUUUGGUAGUUCUUAAACCUGCAUUGUGUCCAAUGUCAGGGACUACUUCAUUUAUUCAGAAUAAUACCAUCACAUUUGAGUGGUCUGUCACAUAUGCAGGGGAGAGAGAUGAUAGCGAGAAACCCACUAUCACUUGGACACUUAAUGGUAUCGAGCAAACUGCAACACCAGAUGAGACUACACCAGGAGUUUUGAAGUCAAGGUACACUAAAAGCGCAUCUAGUGUUGAUAACCAGAAGGAAUUAUAUUGUUCUCUCAGCGUACUAAAUAUCCAACAACACUGUUCCACUAGGCUUAAUAUACAAUAUCCGGCACGUAAGCCCACCCUCUUUGUCGAUGGCAACAAUAUUCCAGACCAAGCUAUAUUACAACGCACAGUAGGAACAAAUGUACAACUAAAGGGGGAAUCAUUAGCAAACCCUACCCCAACGUACACGUGGCAGUUUAGAACAACAUAUGAUCCCAACUUUGGUACUGAGGAAUUCGGAGACACAAAACAAAUCAACAACAUCCAAUUCAACCAGGCAGGGAUUUACAGAUGCUGUGCUAGCAAUUACUUGAACGGUUAUCGGGAAUGCAGUGAAUUGACAAUUGAAGUUGUCGAAGGUGGGAAUCCUGGCUUAAUAUCUCGGAUUCUUAAACUUUAAAAAUUGGUGUAAGAUUAUUUCUGAUCUUGUAA